AUGUCAUCCAACCCUCGUAGGUCUCGGGCGAGUCGUUUCGCUUCCGAGGACUCUGAUGGACUGAGCCUUAAUACGAUCAACUGCACCCUUAAGAAGGGUGCUACGUUCCACUCUUCUCCAACAACUUUCCAGAAGCCAUCUCUGCCUCGGCGCUCUCAAACGAAUCUGGAUGAUGUUAUCAUCGAUGAAAGCCGCCGCCGUGCUGCCCAGACCAUUGGCAACGUCGACAGCAUUCUGGCUGGAUCUAUAAAGUCCUCGUGGUCGGACCUGAGUGACGAGAGCACCCCCUUCCCAAGGAACUUACUCGACCACAUGGUUGGCACCAGCUGCCACGAAGGGAAAGACGCUACCAUGUCGAACUCGGGCAGAAGCCGUUUCAACCCACGUCGUCGCUCUCCAAGAGAGCAUGCGUCUGACAGUGGACUCGGUACUUCCAUCGCUUCAUCCAAGCAAGAGGGUAAGGAAGCCAAGUCAUCCGGCACAGUCGCAGCUAUCACUCGCUCUGCAGCCAUUGCCGGCCAAGAUGACGGUGUGCUGCCACUGAGCGACAAUGCCCAGCAGUGCAUUGAACAGCGCAUCUUGAACCCACUUCUGUCCAGGCAGUCUUUCAAGGACUUUCAUUCAAUCGUCCGUGAUUGUCCCAAGCGUAUGCGAGAGAAGCAAAUCGUUUGUCUCAGAGAUUUAGAGAAGACUUUGUUGACCUAUUUGGCACCGGUGAGUCAGCUUUUGAAAGAUAACGGGAUCUGGGGAAAUACUUAUCGGGCAUUGUGCUUGAAGGGAAAAGCAAAGACAGCCGACCUGUACCUCGACUUUUGCACGGCAUCCAUUCUCUGUAUUCAGGCUACCGUCGAAUACCUGAGCCCCAGAGAACAAACUCAACCUCACGAUCGGCCCUACAGCCCAGGCUACUUCACUGAUCUUGUCGCUUCAAUCGAGAUGUACGCCGAGCAGCUGCGCAAGAGCCGAGAGCGCCAGGCCGCUGGCGAGGAGCUAGAUGAGAUGGACGUCCACCCAACAGAUGAGUUGAAGCUGUCUGGCGGUUUUGCCGACACUGGCCGACCAGCCGAGCUUGUACGCAUCACGAAGAGUGGCAAAGCAAUCUCCAUCGCAACUGGGUUGCCAGUUGAAGAUGCCGAUGAGGACAGCAAAGCCCCAAUUCGGUUUAAGAGGUCCAUGAGCGAGCAGCUCGAGGACGAGGAGGAGAUCAUGCGUUCCAUGGCGCGCCGGAAGAAGAACGCCACCCCCGAGGAACUCGCACCCAAGAAGUGCAAGGAGCCUGGAUGUAACAAGGAGUUUAAGCGACCAUGUGACCUCACGAAGCAUGAAAAGACACAUUCGCGUCCCUUCAAAUGCUCUCACAAGGACUGCAAAUACUACAACUUCGGUUGGCCGACACAAAAGGAAAUGGAACGUCACGAGAAUGACAAGCACUCCAACGCCCCAGUCAUGUUCAAGUGCCACUUUGAGCCAUGCCCUUACAAGUCCAAGCGAGAGUCAAACUGCAAGCAACAUAUGGAGAAGGCUCACGGCUGGAGCUACGUUCGUACCAAGACCAAUGGAAAGGGUGGUAAGGCUGGCAGUUCUGCUCACCCUACACCUAUGAUUACUAGUCUGCCCACGCCUAGCAGUGGCCAGAGUAAUUCUGCCAUGUCACCACCUGAGAAUUCAUUCCCUACCAUGGAUUCUUAUCAAGACAUGAUCCUCAAUUAUGCUUCAAGCGAUCAAUUCAACAAUGAUGAUAUCUUCGCCUUCGAUGCACCAGAGCUCACGAUGGACCUGUCCCCAGUUGACAACAACACUCCGUCGACUGAUGGCCAUCUCACCGCCUUCAGCGGACUUAGCCCCGACCUCAGCGAGCAGCUGAACGAUUUUCAUGACAUCAACACGGAUUUGAGCGAUAUAUAUUAUGGCACCAUCCCAGCGCCCACAGCCGCUAUCUAUGACAAGACUGUUCUUCCCAUGGAUAACUUCAAUUUUUAUCCUUCACCUGUGGAGGCUGUGCCGCAGGCACUGAACGUCCCCCAUAUUUCACCAGCGGGCCACGGCAAUACCAUGCUCUACACUCCUGCAUCGAUGGCAGAAUCCAUGGUGGACGAGGGGUUCGUCGAGUAUGAUGUCAACGACCAGAUGAGCGGUCAGACAAUGCACAACCAGAUGCCUGACGACUUUGUACUGUUUGAUCCGAAACGUGCCGAUUUCGCUCAGGGCGGCCAAUUCUUUGUGGAUAUGGACACGACCCCCAGUGCUGCUGCUGGCUUCACCCAGCCGUCGUCCCAAGACUACAGCAUGGAUUUCAGUCCCGACAUGGAUUGGAUGAACACUGAAUCUGGUGGUGGUUACAAUUAA